CGAGCGAAGCAUUUGGUCUGGCUAAGUCGGGUUCAACUCCGGCUCGGGCUGUUUGUUAUGGCCCCUGCUUCCCUUCGUCGCCGGACUGGAUCUCGAAAGCUUUCCCUCGACGGCGAGUCCCCGGAAGAAGAACGAAGAUGAUGUCGACCGGCGUCUACACCUCCAUCGGCGACGACAACAACGGCACCAACGUCUCUGGAACCGUUCCGGCCGUUGUCUCUUCUGCGGAUCACGUCGCCCUCAAGUUCAAAGAGUCCAACCUUCAGACCUUUCCUCCUUCUUCGGAUUCCCAGGGGAAGAUUCCUGUCUUCCGCCCCCCUUCAGAUGCCGACGAUACGUUCUCGAAGCCAGUGCGUGGGAGCUACGAUGAACCGCAGCAGUCGGGAUGGAUGCAUGCGUUCACUGUGGUUGCUUACAAACCUUAUUUCGAUGUUGAUACCGCUGAUGUCUUGGAAAGGAUCAAAGAUUCGCUUUUCCCGUUCAGAGGGACCUUCGCUGAUAAGACAUCUGAUAAUCCCGACCUAUAUGGUCCAUUCUGGAUAUGCACCACGUUGGUCUUUGUGGCUGCUGCCAUUGGCACAUUUGUCACUUAUUUAGCACACAAAUUGCAGCAUAAAGAGUGGGAGUAUGAUAUCAAUUUGGUUACUUGGUCUGCUGGUUUGUUUUAUGGCUAUGUCACUUUCGUUCCUCUCGGUUUAUACAUCGUACUCAAAUACCUCUCCGUGCCAUCUGGACUCGUUCAACUUUGGUGUCUAUUUGGCUAUUCCUUAUUCGUUUUCAUUCCUGCCAUGUGCCUCUUCAUUGUACCUGUGGAAAUCUUCAGAUGGGUGACCGUCUGCGCUGCAGGGUUCAUGUCCGCAACCUUUGUCGCGCUUAAUCUUCGCACACACAUUGUGUCAUCUGGGGAGAGGUGGUUCCUAAUCGUCGCCGGAAUAUUUCUGCUCCAGUUGACUCUUGCAGUCGUUUUGAAGCUCUACUUUUUCACGAUCACUGUGUGAGCAAAGUUAAAACGGCGGUAAGUAUCAAUACUUUCAGUCAGAAUCUCACAUUGAUAGAGCAGAAUGUCCUCAUUUUCAGUCGGAAUCUCACAUUGACAGGAGUUUCACAUAUCGGACUAUCUUUUGAUCCAAGCAUUAUAUGCUCUGUCAAUUAAACCUAAAGACAAUAGAAUUUUGAUUCUUAAUUUUUUCUUUUUUUACUAUAUGACAAGAUUUUUAUUUUUUAAAAUAUAGACUAGGCUGUAACUCAAGGAUUGCAACUUAGUAGAUCUUCACUCUGAUGGAGUAUUAUUAA